GGGAGACGGGCGGGUAUGGGCCGCGCGGGCGCAGGCUCCCCCGGGCGCCGCAGGCAGCGGUGCCAGAGCCGGGGCAGGCGGCGGCCGCGAGCCCCUCGGCGGCGCAAGGCUCCAGCGUGCAGGCGCAGGAGGGCGCGCCGCGGACGGAAGGAGCCCUGUCCCCGCAGCUCGGGACCGGAGAUCCACGAAUGUCCCGAGUCCCAGGACCCGUGCGCGUCCCGAGACGACUGGCGCUGUGCGCGCUCCAUGCACGAGUUUUCCGCCAAGGACAUCGACGGGCACACGGUUAACCUGGACAAGUACCGGGGCUUCGUGUGCAUCGUCACCAACGUCGCCUCCCAGUGAGGCAAGACCGAAGUGAACUACACUCAGCUCGUCGACCUGCACGCCCGAUACGCUGAGUGUGGUUUGCGGAUCCUGGCCUUCCCUUGUAACCAGUUCGGGAAGCAGGAGCCAGGGAGUAACGAAGAGAUCAAAGAGUUCGCUGCGGGCUACAACGUCAAAUUCGAUAUGUUCAGCAAGAUCUGCGUGAACGGGGAUGACGCCCACCCGCUGUGGAAGUGGAUGAAGAUCCAACCCAAGGGCAAGGGCAUCCUGGGAAAGUGCGUGACCUCUGGAGGCAUUUGGACACCGUCUCUCCACAGUUCCUCAUUGACAAGAACGGCUGCGUGGUGAAGCGUUACGGACCCAUGGAGGAACCCCUGGUAAUAGAGAAGGACCUGCCCCACUAUUUCUAGCUCCACAAGUGUGUGGCCCCACCCAAGCCCCCUGCCCACGCCCUCGGAGCCUUCCACCGGCACCCAUGACGGCCUGCCUGCAAACCAGCCGCUGGUGGGGCAGACCCGAAAAUCCAGCGUGCACCCCGCCGGAGGAAGGUCCCGCGGCCCGCUGGGCUUGGCUUGGCGCCCUCACCCCUGGCUGCCUUGUGGGAAUAAAUAGACAAAUUGGC